UUUUGCUUUUGGAGAAGAAUACUUUGAAACUUUAAAUUUAGAAGAAUACCUUCAAACUUCAAAUUUAGAGUUUUACAAACUCAGCUUUGUUUUUUUUUGAGAUACUCUAAUUAAGAAUAACCAUACCAGUAAAUUAGAAAAAAACGUGACAAUUACUACACUUUUUGACUUGAUAUCCGUAAGCUUGGAUCUUGCUGUAAAUAUAUAAGAAUUUUACGGGCUCUAACUAGUCUACGCGACUUGGGAAUUACAAAGGUGCUUCUUGCAUUAGACUACCAUGAGGUUGAUGAAGCUCUUAAGGCUCCUCAACAAUGGCCUCGAUACAGAAAUUUGUUGGAACAAGUGAAGAAGCUCAAAGAGGAUUUUACAAGUCUGGUCUUUGAAGGAGAAAAGAUUUCGACUAAUGGAAUCGUGCGAGACAUAGCGAAGAGCGUGUUGAGGGAUGGAAGAUUCCAAUCAUACUUGGCUUUGGAUGGCCCAUCCUGCCUACAUGAUCGGAUUGCGAGAGAAACGUGUGGAAGUGAUAUCUGAUUCUUAUUUAGAAUGUUGUCGCUUUUCAUGAGAUGUUUUUGCCUUGGGUUACAAGGUAUUGUUUAGUGUUUGGGGUUUUACCUCUUUUGAUUAAUAAUCCAGGACUGCAAUGAAAUUACCAUCAGUACACUUAACAAACAAAGUGUCCAUGAUUUCAGACGUUGAAAAAAGACCCCUAAAACUAAUAUCGAUUUAGAGUUCUUAAUAAAUACUUUUAAAAUAAAUAUUGUAUGUAUCUUUUAAUAAAUUUUGAGAUGAAAACAAGUAUAUAUUUAUAUAAAAUAUUUUUAGGCCCUUGGAGGACGACAAGAUGGAUCAAACACCCACCAAACCCUAGUAGCCAUGACAGGGUUUGCUUUCGGUUACAACAAAAUGUUGAGAUUUUGCAAUAGCAACUUCGACAUCUACGAUUUUAGCUCUAACUCAUGCACUCCCUAUGGCACUCUUGAGAAGAAUAUAAAAGUGCUUCGCUGACCUAACUUGAAUCUGAAGAGAAAUACUUACUGGCUUGCUACAGAUAUAAAAACACAUUAUGAUUUCUACUCUCUUAGAGCGUGUUUAUUGUAGGUCUCUUAGGUUGGAUCUUUUAGUGAAAUAUAAGAUACGGUCUCUUAGCUUUUAACUACGAAAACUAAGUGACGUAUAUUAAAUAAGAGAUAUAAGAGACGUCUCUUAAAUAAGAGAUAUAAGAGACGUCUCUUAAAUAAGAGAUAUUUAAGAGACGUCUCUUAGUUUUUUUAGUUAAAAACUAAGAGACUGUAUCUUAUAUUACGCUAAGAGACCCAACUUAAAAGACCUACAAUAAAUAUGCUUUUAUGAUUUUACAAGAGAUAAGUUUGGACCGCGUUUGCCUCUUCCUGUGCCUCUUCCUCUUGACUCUUAUAUUUCAGGUAAUAUGAUUCUGUCUACGGUUAAAGAAGAGAAGCUUGCAGCGUUGUUAGGCCGGUGGCUUAUAUUUGAGAUUGAAAUUUGGAUUACUAAUAAGAUUGAGCCUGAUGCGGUGUCCUGGAGCAACUUUUUUAGAGUUGGAGUGAUGAGACACAAUGUUAGUGUUCAGUUUUGAACUUUCUUGAUUGAUGAGGAGAAGAAGGUCGCUGUGGCUUUUAGUGAAUAAGACGGGACUGAGAAAGAAUACAAAACAGCUUCCAUCAUUGAUGGAGAGAGUGGUCAUGUCAGAGAAGUGGAUCUCAGACAAUCUCCAUAGUCAACCUUGCAAACUUUUGGGCUGUUAUGUUCCAAUCUCUGUGCAAAGCUAAGUAAAUUAGUGACUGGUUUAUUUACAUGUUCUUUCAAACUAGACUAGCCGAUAGAUCAGUUUGAAGUUGUAUCUCAUCUUUUCUAUGCGAUAUAUAUGAUCAAGAAUUAAUUUAUUUAAAUUUUACAAAAUGGAGAGAGCUCAAAAAUAAGUUUUAUCCUAAUCUUCAAUGAUAUACCCAUCUCAAUGAUUUGGAUACAACUUUUAACAUCAAUUGGUUUAUGUUUUGAAACAGAGAAUCUUACCAUAUUGAAGCUAAUCUUCAUCUAGUUGCAUUGAAACUUCAUGACUAUGCAUCGAACACAUUCUUUAUGGAAGCCAAUCGCAUCUAGUUUUUCAAAAUAUCUCGUCGUUUAAUGUAUUCGAUGAGUAGGAGAGAAUGAUGAGAAUUAAUUAGGGAAAAAAAGAAGAAGUACUGAUUGUUCGGAAGAAGCUGAGAUAACUAAGAUGAUAUUUUGCCACAAUAUUUUAAAAGUAGGGCUAAGAGCUUGGGUCUCUAAGCACACGUACGAAGUCUACUGAUUUGUAGUGCCAAAAAAAAAAAACUAACAAUGAAGAAUUGACCUAAUUGUUAAAACUCUUGAAUCAUUCUUAAGAGUGUAAGGGUGCAUGCAUGAGCAGAGCUGGUCCUAGGCAAAGCCUAACGAAACAUUAGCCUUAAGCCCCCAAUUUUUUUUGGAAAAAAAUUACAUAUGAAAAGCUCCAAAUGAUUUUUUUAGGCCUCCAAAUUUACCAAAAAUUUUUUUAGCUAAAAUCUUUGAUAAGUCGCCUACAGCUCCAUAAAUCUUAGGGCCGGUCAUGUGCAUGAGUUCGGUUUUCACUAGGAGAAUUUUACUCUUUUAAAAAGAAUUUAUCAUAGUUUAGACCCAUAACCGAUCCUGAAAAUUUUAGAAGUCCUAUUCAAUAUAAAAUAUAUUUCAUUUGAUCCAAAAAGUUAAAAAAAAUAUUAAUUUUUCUUUUAACAAAGUUAGUUUAAAUUAUUUAUUUUUCAAAAAAUAAACUUUUAAGUUUCAUUUUCUUAAUUUAAUAAGAUCAGAUUUUUUCUAUGAUGCAUGUUUUAGAAAUAUAAAAUCUAAUAACAUCGAAUUUUAAAACAUAAUCUAAAAUCAUUAAUGGAAUAAUAAAAUAUUUGGUAGGAUUAGACUCUUUUAAAAUCCAAACACAUUCCAACACACUCAAUACUUUGCUAAGUUUAGGGUUUCUGUGCUAUUUAAUUACAAUCUAAUCGACAGCCACGGGAGAACAAAAAAAAAAGCACCCACAAAGAUAAAAAAGAAGGUUGAUGGAACUUAUUUACAUUCACCGGUCUUUCUUUGAAAGUUGAAACAACAUGACGAUGACAAUGACCAAACUUCCACGAGAUUUGGUGGAGGAGAUUCUCUCUAGGGUUCCGGUGAAAUCUAUAAGAGCAGUGCGAUCUACUUGCAAAAACUGGAAUCUUAUAACUAAAUACGAGAGAUUUGCCAAUAAGCACAUCGACAAAGCAACAGCAUCAGAAAGAGACAAGGAGUUUCUUGUGAUCGCAGGGGAUUACUUGUUUAGCUUAAAUCUGAAUGAAACUCACAACCGCAAGUUUGAUUUAUCCAUAAACCAUAGAGGUAUAAGUAUUGCACAAGAACAUUCAGACCGAACAGUCUUUAUAGCUCAAGCCUUUCUCUCCCAAGGUUUAUUGCUAUGUGUAUGGAGAAACGUCAUAGACAACAGAAGUAGGCUUUUGGUUUGGAACCCGUAUUGGGGGAAAAAUAGAUGGAUCGAAUGCCCAAUGACAUAUUGUUUGUAUGAAUGGUUUGCUUUCGGCUAUGAUAAAUCUUCUGGUAGACACAAAAUCUUGAGGUUCAGCAGUAAUAAUGGGGACAGGUACAUGGAAAUCUACGAUUUGAGCUCUGAUUCAUGGAGGACUCUUGAUGCCGCUUCUGACAUAAAUACAAUAAAGUAUAUGGAAAGUGGCUUAUCUUUGAAGGGAAACACUUAUUGGUAUGCUAUAGAUUAUGAAACAGAAGAUUGUUUCUUACACUAUUUUGAUUUUACAAGAGAGAGGUUUGAAAAUCGUCUGCCUUUGCCUCAGCCUCCAUCGUCCUACUCUUAUGCCCAAGUUAACAUAUCUCUAUCUUCGGUUAAAGAAGAGAAGCUUGCAGUGUUAUUUUCCCCGCGGGGUAGAUUUGUGAUUGAUAUUUGGGUUACGAAUAAGACUGAGCCUGACGCUGUCUCAUGGAGCUAUUUCUUCAAAGUUGAAACGACGCAACACUUGAGUGGUUUUCUGUUUGAGAAUUUCUUGAUUGACGAGGAGAAGAAGGUCAUUGUGAUUUUUGAUAUAUAUGGCGGAGCGAACAAUGCAUACACCAUAAGUGGGGAGACUGGUCAUUUCAGAAAAGUGGAUCUCAGACAAUCUCCAUACAAACGACCUUACAGACUUGUGGGCUGUUAUAUUCCAAGCUCUGUCCAAAUCUAAAAAACAGGGAUCAGUCCAUUUACAUAUUCUUUCAACAAGAAUAAAUUCGAAGUUGUAUCUCAUCUCUUCUAUAUAAGCAAUAGACACACAAAAAAGCGGAGCACUUAUGUUUAUGUUUUUUUUUUCAUUUAUAUGUUUUUCUUGUUCUUGGUAAAAUUUCAUUUAUAUGUUUUUAAUACGUGAUUACAUUCGGGAACAGAGAAAUCUAGCACGUUGAAGCUAAGCAUCCAUUAUCAACUAGUUGCAUCAAAUCUCCAUGCCUAAUCAUCAAAUAACUGAACCAAACAAACUAUAUAUCAAACAGAACAAAAGAGUAAAACCAAAGAUAUAACCCACCUCCAGUUUUGCAUUGUCCAUCAUAUGUCGUAAUAAUUACAUCACAUGCUAUAUGUUAUCAAUAAUUAAAAGCCUUCAAAACAUAGGGUACUUUGGGGUUUAUAUUUGGGUUACA